ACAAGCGAGGAAGAGGCUUUGGGUUGCCAUAAAACCCUCACACACUUGUGAUUCGAAGUAAUGGAGGCAUUAAAAAAGUUUGGGUAUUCGGAAAGAGCACCGGCCUGGGGUUCUGGCGGCGCACGCUUGAAACGUCAACGUCAACCCGUUGUCCUCCUCUGCUUUUCCUUCCUCUACGCCAGUCUAACAAGCCUACACCAUUACCGGUCCCGUUGUUCCAAGAAUCAAAAUGUAUUUCCUCACAUUAAACAAACCCUAAGAUUGUGUGGCUCCUGUAGAGCCUACAACUCCUCUAAACAAGCCUGGAUCCACAGGGAGUUAAAUAAAAACGUUCUAUAUCUAGACUUUUUUCUUUGUUUGAUCGCUGCAACAUUUGUUAGCGCCGCUAUUCCUCCAUCACCACCAUUACCUACAACAAUACCUCCGUUUUGCUUUACAUCUUUUUUUAAAACGCGAUCCUUUUCUUUGGGGCCUUUCUUUGGUUUGAUCUUGGGGACGGUUGGUUUAUGCUUAUAUAUCCAACGCAUGCGCAAUACCAACGACUAAGUUUUGUAAGAAGGAGAUAGUAAAAAAUUGAUCUGCUGCUUGAAACGUUGAUGUUAUUGUCUUGUUCAGCAUUUCUUUGGUACUACGUAGUUGCCAUGGCGGUUGCUGCGAGUGUGAAUCUUUGCUCAGAACAAAGUGGGAAAGAAUCAAACGACCAUUUUUUGAAGAAGAAGAAGAGGAAGUGUGUUUGGACAAAAGGGCCUGUAAUUGUAGGGGCAGGGCCUUCAGGGCUAGCAACAGCAGCCUGCCUGAAAGAAAAGGGAGUCGCGAGUGUUAUACUAGAAAGAGCAGAUUGCAUAGCUUCAUUAUGGCAGCAUAGAACUUAUGAUAGAUUGAAGCUUCAUUUGCCCAAACAGUUCUGUGAGCUGCCUUUAAUGCCGUUUCCGAAACAGUUCCCUGUUUACCCUGACAAGUACCAGUUUAUUGAAUACUUGGAAACGUAUGCGGCGAGAUUUCAUAUUUGCCCUGAGUUUAAUGAGUCGGUGGAAUCUGCUUUCUAUGAUGGGACUUGUGGGUUGUGGAGAGUGAUGACUGUGAAUAAGAGGAAUGGGAUGGAGACAGAGUAUUUUUGCCGGUGGUUGAUUGUGGCCACCGGAGAGAAUGCGGAAGCUGUGGUUCCUGAAUUCUCUGGGAGUGAGUGUUUCCAGGGAAGGAUUUUUCAUGCGAGUGGGUAUAAAACCGGGGAGGAAUUUGAAGGACAGAAUGUGUUGGUUGUUGGGUGUGGGAAUUCGGGGAUGGAAAUGUCUCUUGAUCUCUGCAACCACAAUGCCAAUCCUUCCAUCGUCGUCCGCAGCUCUGUCCAUGUUUUGCCGAGAGAAAUGCUUGGGAGAUCGACUUUUGGAUUGGCGAUGUGGCUUCUCAAAUGGCUGCCGCUUUGGGUGGUGGAUUUUCUGCUGCUUUUGUUGGCUUGGGUGAUGCUGGGCGACACUAGCAAGUAUGGUCUCAGGAGGCCUGGGAUGGGGCCUCUGGAGCUCAAGAACAAGUGUGGGAAAACUCCUGUACUGGACGUUGGAACUCUCGCCAAAAUUAAAAAAGGGCAGAUCAAGGUAUUGCCGGCAAUAGAUAGUUUCACAUCUCGCGGAGUCAAAUUUGUAGAUGGGCAAGAGAAGGAUUUUGAUACUGUGAUUCUUGCUACUGGAUACAGGAGCAAUGUGCCCUCUUGGCUCAAGGAAUGUGAUUUCUUCUCAGAAGAUGGGCUUCCCAAGGUGCCCUUUCCCCAUGGAUGGAAGGGACAAACCGGUCUGUAUGCAGUGGGAUUCACGAAAAAAGGCUUGCUGGGUACUUCAAUGGACGCCACAAGAAUUGCAGAGGACAUUUGCAAUUUCACGAAAAAAGGCUUGCUGGGCACAUCAAUGGACGCCACAAGAAUCGCAGAGGACAUUUGCAAUUCAUUGGGGAAAGCAGAAGCAAAGCAAAUUGUUAUCUACAACAAACCACCCUGCUGAACUCAUCCGAACUUCAUCCAGAGGCAAAAAUUUUGUAUUCCAAAAACCACCAGAGCGUGUUGAUUAUGGGGUCCGCGCACAUACACUACCCAGCUCGGCGUGCAAACAAAAGACAGAGUUUAAAAUCAGAAGAUGAUCCAUCCAUCGCUGUUGUACUCUUCUUUUCGUACAGUCCUGCAGACAGACCGCUCAAUUUUGGAAGCCCACAAGAAAAGGGACCUGGGCUUUGCCAUAUACUAAGCAAAAUGCUUUUUUAUCAGGAGUUGACGCAGAAGCAGACACAGAUGCAGAAAGCAUCAGAAAAUCUUGGGACCCCUGUACAUUAUUACCAAUUUUUGCACAGGAUCUUGCCUUAGAAUAGAAAAAACCAAACAGAAAAGGCCAAUCAACCUAAACCCCCCUUUUUUCCUUUACUGAUGGCGUGUGUGUUUUGAUUGCUUGGGGAUAUGAGAGCUGCCAGUGGGAAUGGGUGAUACUGAUGAAUGUCUCUCUCUCUCUGCUGUAUACACUUUAAUUAACCAUUCAACUCUCUGCUUUUGGACUUGUGUAAGAGAGGUAAAGGUGUCUGUACAUUUUUUUAUUGGAAUCAUUUUAUCUCUA